AUGAAUUCUCCGCCGCAGACUUCCGGCUCCGGCAGCGCCGCUUCCGGUCCGUCCUCUGACCCUCGUGACGACACGCCUUUCACUUCAGAGGAGACGCCCUUACUUGCUGGGUCAAGCUCAAGCUCGGCAGUAAGGUUGGGUACGCAGAAGGAUAGCAAUUCUCGUCAUGUUGAGACUCAAUCCAAAGUCCAUAUCCCGCUUGCGAGAGCAAUUGCGAUAGGAGUGAGCUUGUGGCUCCUCAUCUUCUUAACAGCAUGCAAUAUGUCUGGCAUGACUCUGAUUCAGGGCGCCAUUGCAUCUCAACUUGGUUCCCACGGCUCGUCUGCCAUGUGGUUCACCAGUGCCUACCUCAUUCCCAUGUCUUCUCUCGCUCCUGUAGCAGGGCGCCUGGCAACCAUCUUCCCACCUAGGACUCUUAUUCUCCCCAUUGCGGCUCUCAUAGCCACUGGCGGACUGAUCUGUGCCCUCUCGGCUUCGUUCGGUACGUUUGUUGCCGGCCGAGUCAUUGCAGGCACAGGUGGUGCUGGGGUUUUGUCACUCGCCAUUAUUAUUGGGCUGGAGUUGGCCAGCGAGAAGUCGAGAGGUCUUGUGCUAGGCUUGAUUAACGCGGGCUUUACUGCUGGUGUUUCCUUUGGUGCUAUCGUAUUCGGGGGUCUGAUGCCAGUUGUGGGAUGGAUCCCUUUCGCUUUCGCCACAGGCUUGGGAGUAUUUAUCAGUAUACCCGCUGCAGCAGAAGCACACGAUACCAAGACGUCUACGAGAGAGAAGCUCGCGCGAAUCGACUAUCUUGGGGCUGGUCUUUUGACCACGUCUAUUGUGCUGUUUCUUUACGCAAUCGCAGAUGAAAUCGAAACAGUACCCCUUUGUAUCGCACCCGUCAUCCUUCUGCUCUUCCUCGCAGUUGAGAACUACCUGGUAGCGGAUCCCAUCAUACCCGUCAAGGUUCUCUCUUCGUGGGGUAUCCUAUUCUCAUGUUUCGCACAGCUGGGUCUCAUGAUAGCCCGUUGGAGUGUUCUGUUCUACGCGCCCAUAUUCAUGCUUGCGGUUCGAGGCUCCUCUCCGGCAGCUGCAGGCUCCAUUCUGAUUCCUACCAAUGUAGGAUUUGGUCUGGGUGGCAUCCUCGUCGGCUGGCUUCAUGUGCGCCGAGACGGUGCUUUUUGGCUGCCCUCCAUUUCAGCCCUUGCCAUUUUCACUGUGAGCACCUACGUGCUCUCUCUCAUUAGCACUACGAGUCUUCCUCUUGCUCUCUUCAUCGUAGUCGUGCUGAUCAACGGCCUUGCGACGGGUGGAGGAGUCAACUACACACUUGCGCAUAUUCUGCACCUCAGCCAUGAUGAUACCCGAUACAUCGCCACCAGUCUGCUGGGUACGUUCCGAGGCUCGGGUUCAAGCUUCGGUACUGCGGUGGCCGGGGGUAUCUUCUACCGCUUACUCAGAGGAAAUCUUGUGUCGGGGUUUCUCCAGCUGGACGGUGGUGAGCAUCUGAGUCAUGCUCGACAGAGACUGAUAUCUAGCUUGGUUAACACGCCAGGGUUGGUGCACGGCGGUGACUUGAGUCCGGCAGAGCAGAACAUUGCGACAGAAGGCUAUGCCGGCGCUACGAGAGGCGUCUGGCAGGCCAUGGCCACGCUGGGUGGCGUGGUCGUUUUGUUUCAAGCCCUGACAGGAAAGAAAGCGCCUGAAGAUAGGCGGGAAGAUGAGCAGCCAGAUGAAGAGGCAGCCAGGGCUGUUGUAGCUGAGAACGAGGGUGUCGGUGAAGCGUGA